GCAAUCAUCGCGACUCAUCAACGUGAUUCAUCAACGCGAACAUCACACGGGCUUACAAAUAGUCUUUGGAUAUAUGGGAGGGUUGAGCCAUCGCUAUAGCUUCAAUGGAACGGCCCACUCCCUCAGCAUCGGAACUUCCUGGGGGUUGGAUAGAAACACCUGCAGAGCCUAGUCGACAACACUCGUACAUUGGAACACAUCAGCAGAUACCGCAUGAAGCUCUUGCCACACAUCGCGAAGAACCCGCAGCUCGAACAUUCAUCGCCAACGCUCUCCACACCAGCAGUGAGAGUUUUUACGGCGCACAUGAAGACGGGAAAUCGGCAGGGCGACUCACAGAUACGGACCACAGAAAUGGAGCAGGUCCAUUUGUAGAGUCAAGUCCCAGCACCGUGGUCCCAUCGCCCAACACCACUCCAUUAGCGGAACCUCGAGACAACGAGGUCGGAGAGCCAGUAGAGGAACAUGUGAUUUUGGAAGAUGAUUCUUCCGACUCUGAAGAUGAAGGCACCAGGGGAUUUGCUGCGACAAAGUCGACAGAAGCUGACAGCAGGCCUGCUCUGCAACAACGUCAGUCGAAACCCAUGACUGAAGACGAUCUGUUCCGCAUGCUUUCCAGACGAAGAACCAGUCAAUCGAAUGGACUCAGCCGUAGGGAUACCACGGCAACGGUGUCAAGCGACGACGAUGAACGAGAUGAGAUCAACAGACUCAUGUCAAGGAUGUUUGGGCACACUCGACAAGAGGCCUCCGAGGAGGAGAAGACAAGACAUCAAGGUGUGAUCUUCAAAGACCUGACCGUGAAGGGCAUGGGUGUUGGAGCAGCGCUGCAGCCUUCAGUCGGCGAUAUUUUCAUGAAUCCCAUCAGGCUCAUUAAGAAUCUGACCUCAAAAGGUCCUCGCCAAACAGCAGGCAAGCCGCCUGUUCGUACGCUAAUCGACAACUUCUCCGGAUGCAUCAAGCCAGGAGAAAUGCUUCUGGUGUUGGGACGUCCCGGCGCUGGCUGCUCGACGUUCUUGAAGGUCAUUGGAAACCAGAGAUUUGGCUUCCAGGAUAUAGAAGGCACUGUGAAGUAUGGGGGAACAUCUAGUGAGGAGAUGGGCAAGAAAUACCGGAGCGAGGUGCUGUACAACCCUGAAGAAGACUUACACUACGCCACUCUCAAGGUCAAGGACACGCUGAAGUUUGCCCUGAAGACCAGAACGCCAGGCAAAGACUCAAGAAAGGAGGGUGAGUCGAGAGCAGACUACGUCAACGAAUUUCUGCGCGUCGUCACCAAACUCUUCUGGAUCGAGCACACUCUCGGCACAAAGGUGGGAAACGAACUCAUUCGAGGUGUGUCGGGCGGUGAGAAAAAGCGUGUAUCCAUCGCCGAAGCGAUGAUAACCAAGGCUAGUGUUCAGGCCUGGGACAACUCCACGAAAGGGCUCGAUUCCAGUACUGCUCUGGAAUACGUACAGAGUUUACGGUCACUUACAAACAUGGCACACAUUUCGACCUUGGUGGCGCUAUAUCAGGCCGGUGAAUCACUCUACGAUUUGUUCGACAAAGUGAUCUUGAUCCACGAAGGUCGAUGCUGCUACUAUGGUCCAUCGGAACGCGCUGCAGAGUACUUCAAGAGUCUUGGAUUUGUACAGCCUGAGCGUUGGACGACCGCUGAUUUCUUGACAUCGGUGACAGAUGACCAUGAGCGACAUGUCAAGGAUGGCUGGGAAGACCGCAUUCCAAGGACUGGCGCCCAAUUUGGAAAGGCGUUCCUCGACAGUCAACAACACCGGGAGAAUCUAGAGGAGGUUGAAGAAUUUGAGAAAGAGACCCAGCGUCAGGCCGAAGACCGUCGAGCGGCAGCAACCAAAGCCACGAAGAAGAAGAAUUAUACCUUGUCGUUCCCCAAGCAAGUUAUGGCGUGCACUAAGCGCCAGUUUCUGGUCAUGGUUGGCGACCCUCAAUCCCUUAUAGGAAAAUGGGGUGGUAUCCUUUUCCAGGCUCUUAUCGUAGGAUCAUUGUUCUACAACCUGCCAGCGACUGCUGCGGGAGCGUUCCCGCGAGGUGGUGUUAUUUUCUUCAUGCUGCUUUUCAACGCUCUGCUUGCUUUGGCAGAGUUGACGUCUGCCUUUGUAUCUCGCCCGGUCUUAAUGAAGCACAAGAGCUUUUCCUUCUACCGGCCAUCUGCUUACGCAAUCGCGCAAACCAUCAUCGAUAUCCCACUUGUUUUCGUCCAAGUCUUCCUCUUCGACAUUGUUGUCUACUUCAUGGCAGGCCUACAACGGACAGCUUCGCAGUUCUUCAUAUCACUUCUGCUUCUAUGGAUCAUCACGAUGACCAUGUAUGCCUUCUUUAGGGCUGUUGGUGCUCUUGUGGGAUCACUCGAUGUCGCCACUAGGAUUACCGGGUUGGCCAUCCAAGCCUUGGUUGUGUACACUGGUUAUUUGAUCCCUCCCAGCAAGAUGCAUCCUUGGUUUUCUUGGUUGAGAUGGAUCAAUCCAAUUCAGUAUGGAUUCGAAGGGCUACUCGUAAACGAGUUCUAUAACUUGGAACUACAAUGUGUUUCUCCGUAUAUUGCUCCACCUAUUCCGAACGGGCAAGAACAAUACCAGUCUUGCGCAAUUCAAGGUAGUACUCCUGGCUCACUAACCGUUAGCGGGGCAAACUAUGUCGAUGUUGCUUUCGGGUAUAAGCGUUCGCAUCUCUGGAGGAACUUUGGAAUCAUCUGCGCAAUGUUUCUCGCCUUUGUCGCAUUGACUGCUGCCGGUAUGGAAUUCCAGAAGCCAAAUAAGGGCGGUGGAGCUGUGACCAUCUACAAGAGGGGUCAAGUGCCAAAAACCGUUGAACAGGAACUUGAUGCCAAGAAGCUGCCUAACGAUGAGGAGUCAGGGUCGGCAGACUCAGCUGCGACGAACGAGAAGCAUUCGGCUGACGACAAUGACGACUCCAAGAAAACUGUUGAAGGCAUCGCGAAGAAUGAGACCAUCUUCACGUUCCAGGACAUUAAUCUGACUAUCCCAUACGAGAAGGGCGAGAGGAAGUUGCUGCAAAACGUUCAAGGAUACGUGAAACCUGGCAAGUUGACUGCUCUCAUGGGUGCUAGCGGAGCCGGCAAAACCACACUUCUCAACGCCCUUGCACAGCGGAUCAAUUUUGGUGUCGUUCAAGGAGACUUCCUCGUCGAUGGCAAGCCGCUUCCAUCGUCCUUCCAGCGCUCAACUGGUUUUGCAGAACAGAUGGAUAUUCAUGAAUCUAGAGCCACAGUGCGCGAAGCUCUCCGGUUUUCAGCACGCCUUCGACAACCGAAAGAAGUCCCUAUCAAGGAGAAGUACGACUAUGUGGAGAAGAUUAUUGACCUACUCGAGAUGAGGGACAUUGCCGGAGCUGCAAUCGGUGAGAGUGGGAAUGGUCUAAACCAAGAACAGCGCAAACGUCUUACGAUCGGUGUUGAGCUGGCCAGCAAGCCUGAGCUUCUCCUCUUUCUUGACGAGCCUACCAGUGGGCUCGACUCUGGCGCUGCCUUCAACAUUGUACGGUUUUUGCGAAAGCUCGCCGAUGCUGGACAGGCUAUUCUCUGUACCAUUCAUCAACCGAGUGCUGUCCUCUUUGAACACUUCGACCAACUCCUUCUCUUGAAGUCUGGUGGCCGCACAGUCUACUUUGGUGAACUGGGACACGACAGCAAGAACUUGUUGGAAUAUUUCGAACAAAACGGAGCAAAGAAGUGCGCGCCAAACGAGAAUCCAGCGGAGUACAUGCUAGAGGCUAUAGGUGCUGGCAAUCCCGACUACAAAGGCGACGAUUGGGGUGAAACUUGGGCUAAGUCUUCAGCGAACGAAAAACUCGGCAAGGAGAUCCAGGACAUCAUUUCCAAGCGACGAGACGCGUCCAAGAACGACGAGGCGCGUGACGACCGAGAGUAUGCGAUGCCCUAUCCCCAACAGUGGCUUGCCGUCGUGCAGCGAAGCUUCAUUGCGAUCUGGCGUGACCCGCCUUUCGUGGUGGGAAUUACCAUGCUCCACAUAGCUACCGGCCUUUUCAACGGCUUCACGUUCUGGGAUCUCGGAAACUCUCAGGUCGAUAUGCAAUCGCGUUUGUUCUCUAUUUUCAUGACACUGACCAUCGCUCCUCCAUUGAUCCAGCAGUUGCAGCCACGCUUUAUCUCUGUGCGAGGCAUCUAUGAAUCGAGAGAAGGUAACGCAAAGAUUUACUCGUGGACUGCGUGGGUAUGGGGUACAAUCCUCAGCGAGGUACCUUAUCGUCUCAUUGCCGGAACAAUCUACUGGUGCUGCUGGUACUUCCCGCCUGGCUUCCCUCGUGACACUUACACGGCUGCCAGUGUAUGGAUGUUUAUGAUGCUGUUCGAAAUGUUCUAUCUUGGUUUUGGCCAAGCUAUUGCCUCUUUUUGCCCGAACGAGCUUCUUGCGUCUCUAUUGGUACCGCUAUUCUUCACUUUCAUUGUUUCUUUCUGUGGUGUCGUAGUGCCAUACGCUGGACUUCCCACGUUCUGGCAGAGUUGGAUGUACUGGUUGACGCCGUUCCAUUAUCUACUCGAAGCAUUCCUUGGGUUACUCCUCCAUGGCCAAGAGAUUAGGUGUGAGACCAAGGAGCUUGCAAUCUUCCCUCCCCCACCGGGUCAAGACUGUCAGACAUAUGCCGGUCAAGUCUCGCAGCAGGCAGGCGGGUAUGUGCAGACGCAGCCAGACGGGAACUGUGGGUUCUGCCAGUACUCAACAGGCGAUGCCUUUGCAGCGUCCUUUAACGUCUUCCCCAAAAACAUAUGGCGGGACUUCGGCCUCAUGUGGAUGUACGUCUUCUUCAAUUUCGCAGUCGUGUUUGCCUGUACUUGGCUCUAUCUUGGUGGUGCGCGUAAGAUUAAGGCAUUCUUCAGCCCCGCCGCACGUAAACAGAAGAAGGAGGCGAAGAAGAGGCAGAAUGGUGAGAACGCUGCGUAGAGGUCGGAACAGUGUAGUGUCGGUUCCUGAACUCGGGAAAACUCGCGGCCGCGGACAUUAGCGUGUUUUUCCAGAGCUCUAUCCCCAGUGGGGUCUAGCUAUGUUACAUUCCCGCAUCAUGGAUCUUCCCCGCGAAAUACCAUCCAGAACCAUCUGGACUCCGAUUUGAAGAUCGGGUGCUAAACUUUUGCAGUCGUCGACUUAUAUAUACUUUAAU